UGCACAAUCGCAAAAACCAGUCCGUUAUCGCGAUCCGACAACCCAGAUAUUGAUGGCUCAAUACAAAGUACAGCGUCGAGUGAACCUGAAAUGUUCUCUGAGGGUGAGAGCCUAAAUAACGGUGCGCUUGCUAAGACUUUGUCUAGUCGACGGAGCCAUGCUUCCGGCCAUGAGGGUGCAGAAUGGGCACAGAUCGAGCGAUUGAUUUCGCGCAUGUUUGGGCAUGAGCGAAAGGCCAAUUCCGAAGAAGAGCAGACCAGACACGUUGGCGUUAUUUGGAAAAAUCUCACAGUAAAAGGCCUAGGGCUUGGAGCAGCUCUUCAACCAACCAAUGGAGAUAUAUUUUUUGGUUUGCCGAGGCGCAUAAACGGGCUUUUGACUCGUGGAAGGAAGGGUGCUGGAGCUGGGAAGCCAGAGAUACGGACCAUCUUGGAUGAUUUCACGGGAUGCGUGCAUCCAGGGGAGAUGCUGCUGGUUUUAGGGCGCCCUGGGUCAGGAUGCUCAACAUUUUUGAAAGCAAUCGGGAAUCAAACCUAUGGUUAUGAGAGUGUCGAAGGGGAUGUUCGAUACGGGGGAACUGACUCCACCACCAUGAAGAAGAAGUAUCGUUCAGAAGUAUUAUACAAUCCCGAGGAUGAUCUUCACUAUGCCACGUUGACUGUCAGAGAUACCUUGCUAUUUGCACUCAAAACUCGAACCCCAGACAAACCAUCACGUAUUCCAGGAGAAACUCGAAAGGAUUAUCAACAGACCUUUCUCUCGGCAAUCGCUAAGCUCUUCUGGAUCGAACAUGCCCUUGGAACCCGGGUUGGGAAUGAAUUGAUUCGCGGGAUUUCGGGAGGAGAGAAAAAGCGAGUUUCCAUCGGUGAAGCAAUGGUAACAAAAGCCAGCACCCAAUGCUGGGAUAACUCGACGAGGGGCCUUGAUGCAAGUACUGCGCUCGAGUACGUCCAGAGCUUGAGAAGUCUCACCAAUACAGCACAUGUUUCGACAUUAGUAGCUCUCUAUCAGGCUUCAGAGAAUCUCUUCAAUCUUUUCGAUAAGGUCAUUCUGAUUGAAGGUGGGAAGUGCGCAUUCUUCGGUCGUACCGAAGAGGCGAAGGCAUAUUUUGAAAAUCUAGGAUUUGAAUGUCCUCCACGAUGGACAACACCUGAUUUCCUGACCUCUGUCAGUGAUCCUAAUGCAAGAAGAGUCAAGCCUGGAUGGGAAGAUCGGAUCCCACGAACUGCUGAUGAGUUCCAAGCUACGUAUCGGCAAAGCGAUGUUUUCAAAGUGACGCUUACCGACAUUGAAAGCUUUGAGGACGAGAUUGAAGCUCAGAAGCAUGAGAGAGAGGCUGCCAGAAGCAAAGAGACCAAGAAGAACUAUACUGUUCCAUUUUGGAAGCAGGUUACGAUUCUCACACAUCGCCAAUUUCUUGUCAUGUUUGGUGAUAGGGCUGCUCUAGCUGGCAAAUGGGGUGUCCUCGUCUUUCAGGCUCUCAUUGUAGGAAGCCUGUUUUACAAUCUUCCUAACACCAGCUCGGGAGUCUUUACACGAGGGGGUGUGAUGUUCUUUAUCCUUCUAUUCAAUGCUCUACUUGCACUGGCUGAACUCACUGCCGCGUUCGAGAGUCGGCCCAUAUUGAUGAAACACAAGAGCUUUUCUUUCUAUCGACCCGCCGCAUACGCCCUCGCACAAGUUGUCGUGGAUGUCCCAUUGGUGUUUAUCCAAGUGGUUCUUUUUGAUGUCAUUGUUUACUUCAUGUCGAAUCUCGCACGAACAGCUUCCCAGUUUUUUAUCAACCUUUUAAUCAUCUUCACUCUCACCAUGACCAUGUACUCCUUCUUCCGCUCACUGGGAGCGCUGUGUGCAUCAUUGGAUGUUGCUACUCGGCUCACUGGAGUUGCCAUUCAAGCCCUCAUUGUUUACACUGGCUACCUGAUUCCACCAUGGAAGAUGCGCCCGUGGCUAAAAUGGCUAAUCUGGAUAAACCCAGUCCAAUACGCAUUCGAAGCGUUGAUGGCAAAUGAAUUUCACAAUCUUGGGAUAAAGUGUGAGCCGCCGUACAUUGUCCCUGACGGUCCCAACGCAUCUUCUUCACAUCAAAGUUGCGCAAUCCAGGGGAGCCGUCCAGACAAUCUAGUUGUGCAAGGUUCCGACUACAUCAAGGCUGCAUUUACCUAUUCUCGAUCUCAUCUGUGGCGAAAUUUUGGAAUACUCAUAGCCUGGUUUCUUUUCUUCGUGUUUCUAACCAUGCUCGGGAUGGAGAUUCAGAAGCCCAAUGCAGGCGGGAGCUCUGUCACGUUGUUUAAAAGAGGAGAGGCACCGAAAGCAGUCGAAGACGCAAUUGAGGGCAACAGACCACCAACAGAUAUGGAGUCAGCUGAGAAAGAUGGACGAUCUUCAGGCAUGCAAGAUGAUGAGGCCGAUCGGAAGGUCGAGGAUAUUGCGAAGAACACAUCGAUAUUCACGUGGCAGAACGUGAAUUACACAAUUCCGUACAAAGGUGGACAGCGAAAGUUGUUACAGAAUGUCAAUGGAUAUGUGAAGCCCGGACGACUGACGGCAUUAAUGGGUGCAUCGGGUGCAGGGAAAACUACCCUUCUCAAUGCGCUAGCUCAGCGAAUUAACUUUGGCGUUGUUGCCGGAAGUUUUCUAGUUGACGGAAAACCACUUCCUAGAAGCUUCCAACGAGCAACUGGAUUCGCAGAGCAGAUGGACAUACAUGAGCCCACAGCCACGGUGCGCGAAUCUCUACGGUUUUCUGCUCUCUUGCGACAACCAAAAGAGGUCCCAUUGCAGGAGAAGUAUGACUACUGCGAGAAAAUCAUUGAUCUUCUUGAGAUGCGUUCAAUUGCUGGAGCCACCGUCGGAUCUGCCGGUUCGGGUUUGAAUCAGGAACAGCGUAAGCGUCUUACUAUUGCGGUUGAGCUUGCCAGCAAACCAGAACUCUUGCUCUUCUUGGAUGAACCCACGUCUGGUCUUGAUUCACUAGCCGCAUUCAAUAUCGUCCGCUUCCUCCGGCGACUAGCGGAUGCUGGUCAAGCAGUUCUCUGUACUAUACAUCAGCCAUCGGCUGUGCUGUUUGAGCAAUUCGACGAACUGCUUCUGCUCCAGAGCGGUGGAAGAGUUGUUUACAACGGUGCCCUGGGUUCGGAUUCCAAAACGCUGAUUGAGUAUUUCGAGCGCAAUGGGGGGAAGAAAUGCCCCCCAAAAGCCAACCCAGCAGAGUACGUUCUUGAAGUUAUCGGCGCUGGAAAUCCUGAUUACGAAGGACAAGACUGGAGUGAUGUGUGGGAAAACUCCUCUGAAUCCAAGCAGCUUUCCGAAGAUUUGGAGAAUAUCAUCAGUUCACGCCGUGACCAGCGGCAAGAUGGGGUCACCAAAGAUGAUCGCGAGUUUGCUAUGCCGCUAUACGUUCAGAUAGUUGCAGUGACAAAGCGAGCCUUCGUCGCUUAUUGGAGGCUGCCCGAUUAUGUCCUCGGCAAAAUGAUGCUGCACAUCUUCACCGGGCUAUUCAACACCUUUACAUUCUGGCAUCUGGGUAACAGCUAUAUUGACAUGCAGUCAAGACUCUUCUCCAUCUUCAUGACCUUGACCAUCUCCCCACCUCUAAUUCAGCAGCUACAGCCACGCUACUUGCAUUUCCGUGGGAUCUACGAGUCACGCGAGUCGAAUUCCAAGAUUUAUUCUUGGGUCGCAUUCGUAAUUAGCACCAUUCUCCCAGAACUACCGUAUUCCAUCGUCGCCGGAUCCAUAUACUUCAACUGCUGGUACUGGGGCGUUUGGUUCCCCAGGGAUUCCUUCAGUACAGGCUACACCUGGAUGAUGCUUAUGCUAUUCGAAUGCUUCUAUGUUGGCUUCGGGCAAUUCAUCGCGGCCUUUUCGCCAAAUGAGCUGUUCGCAUCAUUACUGGUUCCCUCAUUCUUCACGUUCGUCGUUUCCUUCUGUGGUGUCGUUGUGCCUUAUGUUGCUUUGCCACACUUCUGGCAGUCGUGGAUGUACUGGCUCACACCGUUCCACUACCUGCUUGAAGGUCUGUUGGGCGUGGUCACACAUAAUGUACCUGUUCGCUGCGUUGAGCGUGAAGAGGCAUUUUUCAGUCCUCCACCUGGCUUGACAUGCCAAGAAUAUGCAGGUUCGUAUGCGCAAAAAUCGGGUGGUCGUCUCCGUGAUGCUGGAAAUGGGUUAUGUGCAUUUUGUCAAUACUCGACGGGCAAUCAAUUUGCUGCCGGUUUCAACGUCUUCUAUUCUAAUAAGUGGAGAGAUUAUGGGAUAUUAUGGGCUUUCGUCAUCUUCAAUUUCAUGCUUCUCUUCGUCUUUUCUUGGUUAUACCUUCAUGGAGUUCGAGGUCUUAAGCGUUGGCUUAGUGAGCGCAAGACCAAAAAGGUCAAGAAUGCUGCGCAUUGA